AGGCGGUAUCGCGCUCGCGAGAGCGCGGCAAUUCUCUCUGGUGAGUGGAGAAGAGCGUGGCAGACGAGUCGGGACAGGAUCGAAGCGCAGCAAGGCUUCGUCGCGGGCCAGGUCUGCGAGCCACCGACGUUGUUGUUCCAGUUUACGUCAGCGCUUCGGUCGUGGAAGAUGAGAUUGGUCGGUAGGUCUUCGCGCGCGCGUUCCGAUCAAGGUUUCUGAGGGGUUCCCUCCAGCAGCAUCCAGCAACGGCGGCUCUAUCAGUAGAAGACACACUGUAAUCUGGAGCUCCUCGCUAGUGCUUGUACGACGAAUUUUCUGAAGGUGGUGUGUAGUGGUCGAACACCUUUUGUGCAGGGAGCAGCAAAACCCAGAGCAGACAGGGGGCAUCGCCGCAGCAUCCGUCGCUGGUUGAAGAUUUCCAGUUUUGGAGAGCAGGCUCGUGUUAUUGUGUGACCGCCGGUGUGUGGGGGCCCUGGUAUUGGUGUGUUCUGCUGGUAGGAAGAAGGCUGAAGAAGCUUGUGGUAGAUAGUACAGAGCGAGUUAGUCGGUCGUAACCCAACACAAAAAAAACAACCUACCGCGCGUGGUUCAACCACAUUUUGGUCCAAUAAUUUACAGUUAUCGACCGCGGCGCGCGAGAAGGGAAAUUGGAUUAACCUUGGCGAAACACGCGCGAACGUGUUUCAAAGAGGUUCGCACAAGAAGAAGAGUCUGCAGGAAGGAUUGGCGAGAGAGAUUGCACAAGCAGGCGACCGUAUCAACACACAACAACCGGUCAAGACAAGAUCGAUUUGUGGUCGGUCGCAGUUGGCGCGUGUGAGUGUGUGUGUGUGCGGCCCGACACAAGUUCUUUGUUUUUGUUUUGAGCAUCUCCAGAACGUGCUCACGGCUGUGGUUGUGUGGUGUGGCACCUUAACCGGUUAAGGUGAAAGGAGAAAUGUCAGCGCGGCGCGCUGAAAAGUGAAAAGAAGGUUUCCGAGGCUUGUGUUAAAUCCCAUAUUUCUCUUUUUAUUCUCUCUUCUGUUCAUCGCAAAUUCCUUUCCUUUCUCGUGGCUUUGAUUUAUUUCGCACCCGAAAACAUCGCAUCGGCGCAGCUAAAGAAAUUCAAGCUAAUCGUGGGGUUCUUCCGUUGUGUCCCGUAAAUUUUAUGUUCAGUCCCAAAGUUGCAAGAAAAUCCCGUGAAAAAAGCAUGUAAAAAGUCGCAAAUUCCACAAGUGCAAAAAGGAUUACGGCCGGGGGCGCAUGGAGGUGAGCGCGAAGCGAAGAGAAGCGCAAAGCGAAGGAAGAGAAAUGGUGAAGAAGUGAAGAGGAAGGCAUGUGAAUCGAUAUUCGGGGGUUUUGUUGUGUUGUGUUUGUUUUGAAGCGAAAAUAAAGCAAGGAAAAUUGGAAGUUCUUCCUGAAGGAAGGGGAAAUUGUGAGAAGGAAGAAGGAAGAGUAAGGAGCAGGACAGUUUCGGCGGCGAUAACGAGCAACGGGAGGAUUUUCGACGAAGUCGACGGGAGCAAUAAAUUGCAGCGCCGCCGCCGCAGCCAACGACGGCCUCACGAACCGAGAUGUGAAAAUGUAAACACAGAAACCGAGAGCCAACCACCACAAAAGAGCAAUAAAACGCCCAUUUGAGAGGAAGAAGUCGACGCGCGACCCCGCGGGUGAAGAAGUUUAAUGACAGGUCCCGCACGAGGUCUGUCGGUGUGUAACGUGAGCGUGUGUGUGUGUGUUCGUCGUUCUGCAUGUGAAAAAUAAAAAGUCAGAAUGUAAGAGCGCGUCCAGAAAUGAGAGCCCAACGACGACGACCGGCGGGUACAGUUUUAAUUAAACGUUAAUUUUUUGCACGAGCAGAAGUAAAAAAAAGUAUAUCUACACAUCGUGAUCGUAAAAAGAGUUGCACAAACGUGAGGUCUCGGCGUUUCGGGCCGACCGACAAGAAGAGAAGAAAGAAGUCAAGCGCAGUACGCAGCCAUGGCGGUCAGCAACAUUGUCUGCGAGUGGCUGCGUGCCCUCGGGCUGGGCCAGUACGCCGAGAGCUUCCUGGACAACGGGUACGACGAUCUGGAGAUCUGCAAGCAGGUUGGCGAUCCGGACCUGGACGCGAUCGGAGUCCAGAACGCGCAACACCGGAGCAAGCUGCUCAAGAGUGUGCGGCUGCUGCGCGAGAAGGGCGCCGCCAGUGUGUACUUCCAGCUGAACGACCCCAAGUCGCUGCUGGCGGACAACAGCCUGGACAGCCUGGAGCGGGACCCGUCCCCGCUGAUGCUGAGCGAGGUGGAGGCGCUGCUGCAGGAGCAGCUGAAGGCGGACGGCGUCUGCCUGACGGCGCACCCGUACUCGACACCGGACGGCAGCCGGGGCCACCUGGAGGGACUCGCCUCGGUGUACUGCGAGAUGCUGAUGGCCCCGUUCGGCGAGGUGCUGGCCGCGCUCGAGGAAGCCCGGUUGCGGGCCUGGUCCGAGCGCAGCCCGCACAGCUCGUCCGGGGGCAGUGGCGUGCACCGGGCCGGCCACCGGGGGAACUCGUGCCACGGCGGGCUCCCGAACAGCCACAGCCAGCCGAUCUACGUGCCGGGGAAGUACUCGCCAUCCAGCUGCCUGUCCGACAAGGAGGAGGACGAAAUUUAUGGCUUCGGCUACGGUGUGUUCGCCCCCAGGGUUGCCAGAACGACACUGCAGCACCAGCAACAGCAACAACAACUAGCACAGUCCCAGCAAAGCCAAAGUCAGCAACAAUCACAAAACUCCACCUCCAGCAGCACCAGCACCAACACCACCAACACCACCAAUGUACCUGCGAACAGUGCUGGCGCACAGCAAAGCUGUCUCAGUCCACGUUCGGCGUAUUUCUACGAAUUUCCACCUACAGAUGGCCGCGAGACGAGCAAAAAGCGCACCACGCUGGCGCGACUCCUGAGAGGAUUAAAGACUGUUAAUCGACGUGAUAGAUCGAAUCAAAACAACGGCGGCUCCGGUGCCAACGCUGGUGGGGGUGUUGGCGGUGGCCCCGGAACCGCGACGCAGGCCAGGCCGCAGAACGAAAGACUGAGACAUUUUCAAAUGAACGGCGGCGCUGGUGGACCACAGCCCAGCUUCGAGGAAACCAUCCAGCGGCUGAAAAUUCAAGAAGCACUGAGGAAAAAGGAAAAGUUUCAACGCGAGCACGAAGAGAUUCUUCGGGACAUCCGACAGGGACUGCUGCAGCUCAGCCGAGAUUCUCGAGACGACACCUACAUGUACGACGACGCGGUUACCAGCGUAAUGCGGAUGCCCCACCAGGGCCACUGGUACGACGAGCCGCCCUACGAGAGCGACCCGGACGACUUUCUGAUGUCUGGCAUGAGGCACGGCGGUGGGCCCUCGGCCACGAUACAAGGUGGCCGCGUCUGCUACACCACGAACGGGCGGGACGGCCAGGGCGUGAUAUCGCUGCGGUCCGCCGGGGACAUCUCGAUACCGCAGCGGGGGCCAGCGAUCCGGCGGGGCCUGAUCGUGCCCCAGCAACCUCCGAACCCGCCGACCAUCAUCCCGCUCAAGCACGCGAGAUCCCACGACCGGGAAAGUGGAGACUACGCCGGAUCGAUAUCGGAUUUGCACAGCGUUACCUCCCGGCUCAGCCAGGUGUCGAUCGGCACCAACAACUGCACCGCCCGGUACCGGACGCUGAGCGGCGGCAUGGGUGACGAGUCCCCGUCGCCCUCGCCCACCCCCUCCUCCGAGUACGACGACAUCCUGCUGCAGAAGCAACUCCAGCAUCACCACCUGCACCAGCUGGGCCCGCACAGCGGUCUGCUCAGCGGCCAGCAGUCCGGCGGAACGAGCAACGGGGGGCCGGGGAGUGGCGCCGGGACCGGGCCCGGAUCGAACGGCAUCGGAACCGGUCCCGGGAGUACCGGUUCCGGCAGCAACGGAGGCGGUUCCUCCGGCGGUGGUGGAACCGGAGGAGGAUUGGGAGGCGGUGGUGGCGGCGGUAGUACAAAGAAUGGAGUCCACAAUCUCAAGAACCUGAAGGCGGCCAAGAAUCGGAACAAUCUGUCAUCGUCGCUGGCGGCGGCGACGGCAGCAGCGCACAAUAAGAAUUUAACGAUAAGUCAACAAAUAGCUUUAGUACAUCAUUCCAAUGACGCUAGGACAUCACCAAAGGACCAUCUGCUGAUGGGCGGCGGCAGUGGCAGUCGGAACAACCGGGACUACAGCAACUGCCUGGACAGCAUCAGCGACCAGACCACGUUCCAGCACUCGGCCAGUUCCGUCGAGAGUUUGCCGAGCGCGUCCGGUUCAAGCACGCAAGCCCUGGUCCGACCAGGCAGUCCGCACAGUUCGCUGUCGGCGGAGGACCGCACCACGAUGAUUCCGAUCUGCCGGGCGAUCGCCCUCAUCGACAGCAAUCCCAACCCGUACGAUAAGGAAGCACUUAGGUUUAAGAAAGGUGACAUCAUCGACGUGCUCUCGAUGAACGCGUCCGGGGUGUGGCGGGGGUACGCCAACGGGCGCCUCGGCCACUUUAAGUUUAUCAGCGUGGAGGUGCUGCCCGAUCAUCCGGUGAAGCCGUACCUGCACAGCUCGGGCAAGCUGAUCGGCCGGAGUCGGCUGCCGACGAGCUGUCCGACGAGCGUGGAGGAGCUGCUGCUGCGGAUAGGACUGAAGGAGUACACCUCGGUGUUUGUGCUCAAUGGGUACGAAGAUUUGGAGCUGUUCAAGGAGCUGGAACCGUCCGACUUGGACUAUCUGGGAAUCGGAAACACCGAGCAUCGUGCCAAAAUACUGGCAGCAGUGCAACUGUUGCAUGAUCUUGACUCAACAUCCGACGGCGAGGUGGCCGGUUCGAGCUCCGAAAACGAUGAAGGCCUCCGGCUGAGCCACGUCAAGGGCGGCGGCAGCGGCGGAUCGUCCAGCUCCCACCUGCCUCACCACCACAGCCAAAGCGGUCACCAGCACCAGCAAACGUCUCCUUUUGGCCGGCGGCACUUCCCUCGGGAUUCGGGCUGUUACGAGGGUUCCCCGGUGCCGUCAUCCCAGAACAACCUUGGCAGCCAUCAUCACCUGAAUAGUCACCAUCUGAACAGUGGGAGUUCCGGAACUGGGAGCACCAACACCCAGACGACCAACAGUUCCGCGUCUGACAACGACACCAACAACCUGGACUCGGUCGUGGCCCAGUGCUCGAGCGAGAUUCUGAAGCGCGUCGAGCGGGCGAACAAGUUUGGAGUGGGGGCCGGGCCCGGAAGUGGGGUCAAAACGAUGAACCGGGUCACGAAGAAGGGCGGGCUGUUGGGUGGGGGUAGUUCCGGUGGUGGCAUCGGGGACGAUCUGACCAUCCGGAGUAGUAGCGGAGGAGGGGGUGGGAAUGGUUCCGUUGGAGGAAGUGGAGGAGGAGGAGGAGGAGGAGGAGGUGCCCUUAGUGAAAAGAGCAGCGAUUCCGGCGUCAGCAGCAGCAGUUUGUCGUCGGGGCCGAUCAAGAACAAUCUUUAGCGGCCAUUUUCGGCGGCGUUUGGACGGGUCGUGGCGACCGGUGAAGGGUGAGAAGGAGAGGUAGCGAGAGCGGAAGAGGAGUUUAGUGGAAAAGGGUUUUAAAAGCGCGAUUUGUUUUUUGGAAGGCAUAUUUUUAAUUCUAGGAAAACUCUUACUAACGAAAAAGCACACUGCCAAAUAAUAAUUAGACGAGGAGAGUUGAAAGUGAUGGAAUGGGACAGAUUGAUAAGUGUUAAGUGAAAAGGGGCAGGGAAGGAGGUGAAAUGGUGGAAACCACCAAAAAGUCGAACAGUUUGUGAUUGUUAUUAAGGGUGAGAUAUGCACGAGGAGUCGUUUGGAGGGUGACGAAUGAUUAUUGUUAACCAAAUUGACGAGUUUAGAAUAAAACAAAAAUACCGGUAAACGAGGUCGUACUUUUCUCAACAAAGGUAAGAUUACUUUAGAAAAAUAAUGAAAUCCCCUCUUUGAAAACAAAUAAAGACUUUAAUAUCAAACAAAACUACUUGAAAAAGCACUCUUCAACCCAUUUCUCAAUAUGUUGUUUCCUAUUUUCCUAAAAAAAAAUCAAUUUUUGGUUUGUUCAUAAUAACAUUUCUUUUUCUUUCAUCUCGUUGAUUCGUGAAUUAGAAAAAAAUCCCCUGAGAUAUUUUUUUAGGCUGUUACAAAUCUGCUCUCAGAAUUGAGCCAAAAUGUCACAAUAUCGAUUUUUGGUCAUAUUCUGGAUUUCUAUGUAAAAUUUUCAUAUAAAUCCAGCAUAUGACCAAAAAUCGUUAAAAUUACAGUUCGAUAAUUUUGGAAUUUCUUUUUGGUGGUCCCAUACACUCUUUCUUUGCAAAUUAUAAAUUUUCAAAUGAAGAUAUCUCGAGUCUCUCUUCGACGAAGUUUCUUGGAUUUGCUAGCCAAACGACUUUCUAGAAGACAAAAAACAUCCAAAAAUAUUCCUAGAAAGUUAGUAUUCGAAAUCACUCUAAUCGUAAUCCACUUUCUGAGCGUUUUCCUCUAAACAUAGAGUUGCUUUACGGGUGCCAGGAUAUCUUGAGAUGGGAAUGACCAAAUUGGCUUAAAUUUGGGGUGAAGACUCUCAAGACAUUUUCCGUGUGUAUGACCCAGGCCGUUUUUUUUAAAUUAGCUUUUUUUUAAACACCAAAAUCAAAAACUGAUGAUAUAUAUUUUUACCUUUUUUUAAAUAAACUAUUUGAAAAUCAGCACACGGGAUCGGUUGAACGAGUCUUAACCAAAACUUUGAGCCGAUAUGGUCGAAGCAGUGUUGAGAGAUUUUUAAAUUACUUCAAAUAAUAUCUCGGCAAUGAAACAACCAAAUGUCUUCAAAUUUGUUUUGGUAGGGGAAAUAUACCCUUUCUAAUCAAACACCUAUCUUCGUCAUAUGGAGAGUUUGAUGCUCGAUUAAAGCUCCAAAUAUACUAUUUAGGCUAUAAACUUACCAGCAACAGCACCGCCUCGAGUAAGCACGCAAAUGUAUGCCACUUACUGGCCAAAAAGAUCAAAUUCAACGCACUUUAGAUCAUAAUUUCUAUUUUGCGAGACCAUUUCUCAUCAUUUUGUUGGCACACACACAUCCACACGCAAGAUGAGAGCUUAACUGCUUAACGAAAGUCGCCAUCAAUAUCUUUUCACUUGCGCUAGCAUUUUCAAAGCGCUUAAGAUAUGAAAUUGCCUCCAACUACCGGCAACAUGUUCUUUUGAACAUUAGUUAGUCACUCACUUGAAAAUAAUCCCGAAACAUGUAAAUAAAUAGCAGGCGCCAUCAAAAAAACAAACGCGCCAAGUCAUUUGACGUUUGACUUUUUGACGACCCAUUCCAAUCGAAGGCUGAAGAAACCGAGCGAAGACAAAUGAAGAAAAAAGGGUGGCCACCAACACCACCAGCAUCGCCUGUUGGAGUGAGCCAGUGAUGCCAGGAAACUUUCUCUAUAAAUGCUACUUUUCGUGAGUGUUCGCUUAAAAUUUCAUCACAAUUGGCAGCACUAAGCCGACUCAAAAGAGCGCUGGAAGAAAAAAGAACUAAGCUGAAAAUAGGAAAAUGGGCGUGGCCCAAUGCAUUCGACUGAUUAGAAUGCAUUUGGGAAAUAUUUUUUUAAAUGCUUGUAAAAGGAAUAGCAUAACUUUUAAUAAAAGUGAAAAUAAACAGAAAUGUUCACAAAAAGUUGCUCUACUCGUUGGUGUACUUGGUUUUAGUAAAUUUCAAGGAACACUCCAGAUUAUCCAGCAUCAUUCAAACACGACCUCUUAUUAGGCUUAUUUCUUAAAUUUCAGUACUUAAAAAGUAUUUUGAUUAAAAUACAAAAUUAAGGGUGUUGCUGAAAACAAAGAAAAAUCAAAGAUAUCUGAAUAAAGCGUUUUCCAAAAGAAAACUUGAACCAUUUUAUUUAAGAAAGGCAAAAAGUCGAAAACUUGGAUAAAGAACUUCUUUUUUGAUUUUUUUUUUCUAAAGAACAAUAUCUCUACAUCCAGAUUUUUUUAUUUUUUAUGUUAAAAACUUAACCUUCACAGAAAAAAAGCCGAUGGUAAACGCAGGAUGAGGCAUGCACAUAAUCUUUGCAAGAAAAAUCACUUUAUAUUACACACUGCGUGUACAGAUUUUUUCUUCAAAAUCCAACACUUUAAAAGAGGAUUGACGCCUUAGCCCGCACGGCUAUCAGACCGCAGUAGAAAUGAAUGAAUUAAAGUCUAUAUCAGCUUAUCAUUUCGGUGAAGUAGGUUUCCCAUACGAUUAAUGUUAUUACAUAAAAUUUCAUAAAUCAAUGGCAAAUUAUUUUUUCACGUACUCCACUUGCUAUAUUUUUCUGCUCUGCUCGUGAAAUUUUCAUUUUUUAAGGCUUAAUUUUGUGUUGAUAAAAAAAAAUUAAUACCAUAGAAAGCGAUUCCCUACGAUAACAGCACGAUUGAAAAAAAAAAUAUUGUGCGAUCGGGCUUAAAAUUGGACUGGGAUUCCCUGGACGAAAUAAUGAGACCAGUAUUUUUUUUUUGUUUGUUGGCCCAGGGUGACCACAAAUCAGGGUGGUCCUAAAAAUUGCAUUUUCGUCGCUUUUCACAAAAACCACAUUUCCAAAACAAAAUUAACUCCGCUCCUUUUUAACCGAUUUCAUCUCUUCUGGACUUAAAUAAAAGGUGAUUUGUUGGGAUUGUUGAGAUAAAUAGUUUGAAGUUUAAAAAAACUAGCCUUAUAUUUGAAAAGGUCAUAUAAAAUCUUGAUAGGCUGUUCUGGUAGUCUCGGUGACAUUUUUAUCUGAUUCCUCAAGAAAUUUUACUCAAUAGAUCAUAAAAUGGUUUAGUUCAAUUAACAGGAUUCUGCGAUACGACUUUUUGAAAAUAAAAUCUGAUUUUUACGACGCGCCGCACACCGAAACGGGAAAAUGGCGAAAACGAAAAAAAACACUCUUUUUUACUAACAUCUACCUUUGGAUGGUUAGAAUCGAGAUAUUUUUAAAUCAAAUUUUCUCCUUUUAUAAUAAUAAAAUAACAAUCACAAUAUCACAGCAACAAACCCUCCAAACGACUCCCCCGGUGCACCAGUCCAGGUUAUUAUAAUGUUACAGAUUUUCUUAGUCAACACCAAUGAAGGAAGAAGAAGAAAAAUAAUUCAAUCCACAAACGACGCUCCAGAUAAAAUUUCUUUCGCCUGCGAUUUCUUCUAAACGAAAUAAAACUUGUGUUUGUUUGGUUAAAGGAAAUGUAUAGAAAAUUGCAGCAAAAUUAAAAUUCGAAAAUGGGAAGGGAAACAGAACGAAUCGAAGGGAAAUUUAAAACAAACUUGUGAUAUUCUAAACCUUUUGUUCGGCUCCGAACAAUGUGAAACCGUGUUUUCUAAUGUUAUUUUAUUUGUUGUUGUACACUUUCGAAGCCACUUUGUUAUGUAUUUUGUAAUUGGAAUCUUGUACAGAAAAAUUUAGCGUUUAGGAUUUUUUUCCGUUUGCAACAACUGUAUCUAAUUGGCAAGUCUAAAAUCUCUCUGUACAUAGCUGAAAAAAAUGUCGUUUUGCUAAAUUGGCUUAUUUUUCCUCAAAAGUUAAACUUAAAAAAGGGUUCAGAAACGACAAGAGAGCGAUAAGCAAUACGAGUGAAAGUGCGGGCAGCGUUACGACAAUGGAUUAUUGAAACCGGUUCGAGUGUUUUAAAAUAAAUCAGCAAAAAUAAGGAUAAAAAUCAAAUCAUCUUUAUUAGGCCAAUUAGAAGCAGCACCAAGAGCUGAGAGAAUCAUAGAAUUAUUAUUAAUAUUACAAGAAAUAGUAGAGCAAUUAUGUAAAUAGCAUUUUUCACCCAGAAAAGAAAUGAAAAUCUCUGUCCCCCCCCCCCCUUCAACGUCCAUAGGGGAGGUAGUUUAAUAAAAAAAAAACAAAAUAUCUCAAAACAAUUAGGGCGAACAUCUUCGAACUUCGAAUUUAGUCACAUUCAAUCUCUCGAAAGCAGAAAAAAAUAAAAAAUCUUCUUCCAAAAGCCUAGCAAAAGCAACUUCGGUAGGAUAACGAGAAAAUUUUAUCAUAACACAAUUAAAAGGAAGUAAAACAAAUAAAUAAAUCAAAAAUCAUGGAAAGAAAAUCGCCAAAAACAGUAAGCAACACAGGAAAUCGGUAACGCAGUAUGAAGCAAAAUGGUAAGAGGUCAGGGUUUCAGCAGACAAAACAAUAAAUUACACACUGAAAUUAGCGAACAACAAAAAAAGGUUAAAUAAACAUUUUCCAAGAUUCGAAUGCGUCACGCGAGUGAGAACGAGAUAAAUGGUAAGCAUUUGCGUUUACCCUGUUUGUAAAUUGAUUUAAUCUGUAAAUAAUUUGACCUGUAAAAAUUGAAAAAAAAGUAAAAAUUAAACAGUUGAGUUUGGUUGUAAAAUAUCUUGUUUAUAUACUUCGAUAAGGAGCUGCAGUUGAGAAGCGCAAAUAGAGAGUGAUGGGCAAUGGGCAACCGACAGAAAAAAAGGGACUGAGUGUAGCUAGAAUUCCGUCUGAAAUGGUUUAGUGCAACCAUCCGGUUUUAAAACAAAUAUUUCCGUUUGUGCGUAUUUGUCCCCAGCUCCCAUCUCUGUGUACAUAAUUGGAAGUCAAAAUUAUUUAUUGA